CCAGUGGCGUCCCUAGGCAGGUGCGGGGGGUGUGUGCCACACCGGGUGACACCUACCACACAGGGUGACACCGGACCCGCUCCACGAAAAGGUAAGUUGUAAAGCAAGCCAACAUUCCCCUAGGAUGGAUUGGAUCUGCGGAUUGAGCAUAAUGGAUCGGAGUCCGAUACAUUAUGCUCAAUCCGCAGAUCCAAUCCAUUCUGCGGGGAUGGUCGGAGGGGGUGUCACCAAGUGAUAUCGCAUCGGGUGACACCAACCCUAG